CAACAUCAAUUAAUGGCGGUGCUAACAUUAUAACAGCUCUAGGAACCAUUAUCAAAGACUCAGCAUUUGGUCACAAACAAUGGAGGGUUCGAGAACAGAUUUUACAAUGGAUUGUGACGUGCACAAAAAAAAUUACGGAUUUUUCUUUACGACCAUGGGUACCAUACAUGGUGAAACUAUUAGAGGAUCCGCAUGAACAUGUGAGAGAAACCGCAAAAGACACAAUAGUUGCACUGUUUAGUGGUGCCGCAUCACAUGCAAAAUCAGAUUUGAAAAGAGAACUUCAAGAACAGUCAAUCCGCUUGGGUAUUGUCGACUAUAUUCUUACAAAGGUGUAUAACAACCAAACAGCAACGAACGAGGAACAUCAUGACAAUCACACUGAUGCAGGAACUGAGGUGGAUGAAUAUGAUUAUGUUAAUGGUGAGGGUAAUGAUGAUAAUCCAAAAUCUGCCGAUUCUAUUGCAAGGCCUAAUAGUUCUACUGGUAGUGAAAUUGGUGUUUUAUAUGUGGACAGUGCCAAAGAACUAGAAAGGGAGUUUCAAAAUAUAUUAACGCCUUUUCAGGGGAAAGAAUCCGAACAAAAUUGGUUGAUUCGUGAAAGGAAUAUCAAUAGGCUGAGGGGUUUGGUCAGAGGUGAAGCUUAUGUGAACUUUAAAGAAACCUUUAUUAAUGGGCUUAAGUUGACAAUGGAUGGCAUUUUAAAAUCGCUCAAUAGUCUGCGUACAACUCUUACCCUGGCCAGUGCAGGUCUUAUAAAAGACUUGGCAGUACAUUUAGGCCCUGCGAUUGAUCCUUUUGCUGAUAAUAUUUUGGCAAAUCUUAUCAAGAUGGUAUUGUCAACAAAGAAGAUUGUUGCACGGGCUGCAUCUAUCGCAGCAAAUGCUCUUUUGCAACACGUAUCAUAUCAUAAUCGCUUGGUCACACAAUUAUGGAAUGCGAUGGAAGAUAACAAUAAGCAGCUAAGAGAGUAUGCAAUUGGAUUUGUAAAGACUGUCUUAAAAUCACAUGAAAAUAAAAAGGAUGUUAUGGAGCGAUCGGGGGCUGCGGAUAUGUUGGAAAAAUGUGUACGUAAAGGUUUAACUGAUGCAAACCCUAAAGUGAGAGAAACAUGUCGGGAGGUAUUUUGGUCGUUUUACGAAAUAUGGACAGAAAGAGGCGAAAGAAUUCUAAAGAAUAUUGAACCAGCAGUAAAGAAACAAUUGGAGCGCGACAAGCCAAAAAUCUUAAAUUUGGCAUCUCCUGUACAACCAUCAACACCUACCACAUCAAGCCGAGGGCGUACCCGCUCUACAAGUUUUGGAAAAUCGAAAAGACCUCCGAGUAUUGCUACAUCUGAUAGUGGGAUGAGUGAUAAUUACCCAGUGCGUGUUGAAUCUGCUUCAAAGGAGGAUCAUUCAAGAUUAUCGGCAAAAACGCCAACUCCUAAAUUACGUGCGAAGUCACCUGCUCCACCUAAGAUGUCAAGGAGCAAAUCAGAUGCCUCGAAAUCUUUAAAGUCACCAUUGCUAUUACCUAGUAAAUCCACGUCGCCAAACGCAACAACUGUUCCAAAACCCCAACCCCGUAAGUUAACAGUUAUUGAGCAAUUAGAGCAUAGCGAAUGGACCACACGUAUUGAAGGGAUUUUAAGUGUUGCACAAUUGGUAGUAAAAAGGACGUUGGAACCACCAUCCGGAAAGCCGGGAGCUCAUGAUUUUAAAAAGGCACUACUUCCACCAGAUGAUGACUUGAGUCCACAUUUAUUAAAUAUAUUAAACGAUUCCAACAAUAAGGUGCUUGAGACAUUUUUGGAACCAAAUGUUUUCGUAGAACUGGCAAAAGUCGUGAAACAUGAAAUUUUAAUACCAAAAGUUCUCUUGCUUGCAAGUGAUGAAACAAGGCCCGAGCAGGCAGCAAUUGUACAAAAUUUCCUUCCUAGAAUUAAAUCUGAGCUUGGUAGUGAAAAAUCUUUAGUAGCACUUAACAAAUGCCUUUUGAUACUAGGAAGUUCUGGAACGGCACCCAGAAAACUAGCUGCUGUUUUUGGUUUUACACCACCUCAAAAACGUAAAGUCAUAAAUGGAAUUCUUAAUUGGUUCAAUGAAAUAAUUGAACCGAAAGUAGAUGAGGCGGAUCAAAACGAUGGGAAAGUCAAAGGAUUCUUAGGGGAUCUGGAAAAGUAUAAGUUACUUGCUAAUCGUCUUAUUCCAAUGGUGACGAUGACCAAAGAAAAUUCUGAAAAUUUUAAGCCUCUUAGUGAUCUUUUGGUCAAUUUAUAUAAGAUAAACGCAGACGUUUUUGAAGAAGUUUUAUAUACUUUUGAUAAAAAGACAGAAGAUGCAAUUGGUGAAAUAAUUGGUUGGGAGGAUGAGGAAGCUGAAAGUGAGGUUCUAGAAGAAGAUCGACAAAAGAUACUAGAGGAACAAGAGCGACAACGAGAGAAGGAAGAGUUUGAAAAACGACUUUAUGAAGAAAAUUUAAUUAAACAACAGCAAAUACAACUACAGGAAUUGCAAAAGCAAAAAAAAGAGCAAUUGGAAAGAAAGAAACGUGAGCGAGAAUUAUUACAACAACGAGAGCGCGAAAAAGAGUUGGAAAGACAACAGGAAUUGGCAUUGCAACGCAAACUUGAACAGGAAGUCCAGCUCAAGAUAAAACGUGAACAAGAACGUGAACUCCAGGAACAGCGUGAACGUGAACUUCAAGAACAACGUGAACGUGAACUUCAAGAACAACGUGAACGUGAACUUCAAGAGCAACGUGAGCGCGAACUUCAAGAGCAACGUGAGCGUGAACUUCAAGAGCAGCGUGAACUUCAAGAGCAACGUGAACGUGCAUUACAUGAACAGGAACGUAUGCUCCGGGAACGUGAAGCUGAACGUGAGCGGGAGUUCCAGAUGAAGCGCGAACGCGAACUCCAAGAAAAACGGGAAUAUGAGAUAAGAAUGAAACGCGAGCGUGAACUUCAAGAACAACUUGAAUAUGAACGGGAACGGGAACGGGAACUAAUGGAACAGAAAGAGUAUGAAAGGACCAGAAAACCAUCUCCUUUGCAUCGAGUGCAAUCAUUGUCCUUAUUGCAGUCAA